AUGCUUGUGUCGAGCAAAUUUCGGCUGCAUGGCCUGCUGAGCGAGGUGUGCCUGAUGCAUAUGCUGUAUGCGUGUUCUUUGCGUGCCGAGGCAGCGACGAUCGUCGAGGCCCUCGGUGCCUACGAACUGGGUGCUCAUGACCGCAAGGCGUGUGAUGACCGCCUGCGUGUGGCGAUCGACUUGUUGUGCCGCGCCAGUGGCGUGUGUGAGUAUGUCGCGACACAGCUUUUGCCGACGUACCCGGCGCCGCCCAGCAAGUCGGCGUACCCGCCGGAACUGGUCAGUGAGGGCGUCCAGGCAUGCUCCAAGCUGGCGAUGGCCGACGCCCAUGCGCUGGCGAUUCGCAAGCUCCUCGUGCCAUAUGCGAGGCACCAUGGGCCGCCUCUGCCGCCUCAGCAUCCGUCGCCAUCGCUCCUCGCCAAGCUGCAUUUACACACAGCAUCGCUGUUUCUCGAGGCUCAUACGCUCGGCGCCCAGAGCCUCGGCAUGGAGCCGCACUCGGCCAAGCACAAACUCGCGCAAAAGCUGCAUGCACUGCGCCCAGACACGGAUGUGGACGACAAGAUGGCGUUCCUGCCGUAUGCCCGUCGCUCGGCGCACACGCACAAGGCCCUGGCCUACCAGUGGCUCGGCAUUGACCAAGGCGAGUAUGCGAAAAACACAGGGUGGGCUAUGGCGUAUCUGGCCAUGGCGCUAUCGAUGCUCGACGGGCACAAGAAGACCUCGGCGUGGGCCGACAUGAGCCGGUGGCAUGCUGCGUACAAGAAAAUGAACGAUACCCUCUCAUUCCAGCGCAUUCCCUCGGUCCAGGAAGUGUUGCUAUGUACAUCCGAGGGCCGCGCGGCCAUGUUUCCCAAGGCGUACAUGCCCGUCUAUGCGUUCGGCGCGAAGCGCGAGGCCACGCACCGGACGACGUACGCCGGUGCCGGUGCUUACUACUAA